CCGCCUUCCAGAUCCAUGUUUUCUGCCGACUGCUCAGAGAUCCAACAGUCUCUCCCUCAAGGAGAUGCAUUCAAACUCCGAGAUUUUCAUGCUCGCCGGAUCGGAAACGACAGGUAAGCAGAUCUGAUCACUUGAAACUGUGAUAUGAAGCUAAAUGAUUGCAAUUCGAUCGCCUUCAGGAGCUGAAGUAAAUGAACGCCUGUCUGAAGGAAGCGCUGCGCGUCUACCCCCCAGUCCCUAUCGGCAGUCCUAGAGUGGUGCUCCCUGGUGGACAACAGAUUCUUGGCAAAUGGGUUCCCGCCGACACGCGCGUGUCAGUUCACCACUGGUCAACAUACAAAUCUGAGUCCAACUUCAAGAACGCCGAAACUUUUACUCCGGAAAGGUGGCUCAAAACGGACCCCACCUAUGCCGGGGACGCUCUGGAGGCUCAUUAGCCGGUCGGCUUCGGACCGCGAAACUGCCUGGGCCAGAACAUGGCAAUGCACGAGAUGAGACUUAUCCUGGCUACUCUGCUCUUCUCGUAUGAUCUCGAGCUGUGUGAGGAAAGCCGGGAUUGGAAGAACGAGAAGGCUUUCGCGCUGUGGAUCAAGAACCCGUUGAUGAUCCGGGCAAAGCCUUUGGCUGCGCAAACUAGGCUGAAAAUCUAAAAGGCGUACGUUGCCUUCGAAACGAG